AUGGAAGCAGUAAAGGAUUAUGGAAGGUUCUGUGUAAUUUGCCAAAACAAUUACAAUCUCACUACUAUUCCUUAUGUAUUAAAAUGUGGGCACACGUUUUGCUAUGCAUGCGCAAAUAAAAAUUCAUGUUCAUCUAAUACAUCGAAUAGGUAUGAGUGCCAUCUCUGCAGACAGAUUAGUAAUGAUCCGCCUUCAAAAAAUUUUGCAUUAAUAGAAGUAUUGAAUAAUGAUGAUAGCUAUGAAGUUACAAAAUCAAAAAGCAUUGGGUAUUGUGCUGAUCAUGAUAUGGUUCUAAUAUUGGACUCAUUAUAUGAACAUAGAAUACAUGAUUGAUUUUUGCUUAGCGAUCAGAGGGCUCAAGAAAUAGCAGAAAAGAAAAAGAUUCUGCUUAUUGAAAAUAGCAAAAUACUAGAAAAAGAAAUCAGCAAUAUUAAGAUAGCGCAAAAAAAAAAUUGCUGCCAUUAUAGAAAAAAAUAGUCAUUUUAAUAUAAAAAUCGAAAAGCUUUCUCAAAUUAAAGACAGAUUGAUAGAAGAAAUAAACAAUAAGGCAUCAAAAUGUGUAAAUGAGCUUGUUAAAUUAUCAAACUUGAAGAUUUUAGAUAGAAUUAAUAAGUCUCUUAAGCAGCAAUUGAAAGCAGUUAUUGAGAGCCAAAAAAAUUACCAAAAAAUGUUCGAAUCUUUUCGAUCUUCUAGUUUAGCAUCCAAACUGGGGCUAUAAGAGUAACAAAUAUAUAGACGCAUAAAUACUUAGCAAUUCUUAA